CGGGCCGGGCUGCUGCCCGCCACGCCCGCCGGGUCAGGAGGAGGCUGUCAGUGGCCCGUGGCCAUUGCGGGAGGGAGGCGGCGCGGGGCGUGUGCGGCGGAGAGAGGAGCGGAGCGAGGCAUAACUCCGCGCGGAGCGGGACGCGUCCAAGACGGACGAGAUGUUGCGCUACAGCUCGGGCUUGACCCUCACCACUACCACGCCGAAGAAGCCCAACGGCCAGGACGGCCCUGCUCAGAGAAAGGCAAAUGUGUGUCGGCUACGCUUGACCCUGCCUCCUGAAGAAAACUCCCUUUCUCAGGAAAUUAACAAUAAGACUGAAAGGACAAAAAAGCAACUCUACCAUGUUCCCAAUGGAUUGCCUACAGGGAACUUAUCACACGGUGUGGUGUAUGGUGUGGUGCGUAGAUCUGAUGAUAAUCAUAACAAAGAAAUGGUGGUUUAUGGAUGGUCAACUCAACAGCUGAAAGAAGAAAUGAAAUAUAUAAGAGAUGUGAGAUUAACACUGGAAAAUGUAAGAAAGAAAAUGUAUGGAGAAUAUGAUGAAAUGAAACGCAAAAUCCAAGAGCUUACAAAUGAACUGGCAGUAUCAAGUGCUCAACAAGAAUCAUUGGACAAUCACAUAGAAGUGCACUCUGCAGCUCUGAAUAGCUUCAGUGAAAUGAAUAACUCGUUGACCUCAGCCUCAAUUGAGUUGCAGAAAACUUUAGUUGAUGUUACUUUGGAGAAUACAGUUAUACGAGACCAAAUAAAAAAUCUAAAACAAACACAUGAACAGUCUAUGGAAAAACUGAAGGAAAAGCAGAAACAGCUGGAAACUGCCAGAGUUGAAAAUGAGCUGCUCAAACUCAAGGUAGAAUGUUCACAAGAAGCAAAUGCAGAAGUAAUGAGAGAGAUGACUAGAAAACUAUACAGUCAAUAUGAAGAAAAGCUACGAGAAGAAGAACAAAAGCAUAAACUUGAGAAAGAAACUCUAAUAUCUGAAACAAAUAGACUACUUACAGCCAUUGAAGAUGCAAAUAAGAAGAUGAGACUUACCGAGAUGAGUUUACAAGAAAAAGACCAAAGAAUUGGCGAGCUGGAUCAGUUUAUUUUGCGCAUGGAAGAUGAACGCCAUCAACUGCAAAAGCAACUCAUAGAAUAUGAAAUACAACUUAAUGGAGCAAACCUUCACAGUCAGUCAGGCAGACAAAGGUCACAUCAGUUGGAGGAGGUUACAGCUAGUCUGCGAGAACGAAUCAAACACCUGGAUGACAUGGUUCUUUGCCAACAGAAGAAAGUCAAGCACAUGGUUGAGGAAAUUGAGCUGCAAAAGCGAAAGAUGAAGCAAAAGGAACUGUUUAUAUUGCAACUUUUAGAAAAAAUAUCAUUCCUUGAAGGAGAGAAUAAAGAAUUACAAGACCGUUUGGAUUACUUGAUGGAGUCACAGUCAAGGACUGAUGUAGAAACCAGAGACGUUGGAGUAGGAUGUGACCUUCCACUGAGGAAAUUUGUAUCCAGGCUUCCAGAUAAAGGUAAAAAGAUAUCCAACUUCGUUGAAAAAUUGAAGAUUGCCAUCGCACAAGAGGAAGAGCUACAGAGAACAACUGAGCUUCUAUCUGCUGUUAGAUUAGAGUUCCAGGAAAAACAAGAGGCAAUCAAAUCCAGCAAACCAAAAAGGGUUGUCAGCGACAAGUCAGCAUGCCAAGACCCACCUCUUAUUUCUGAACAUCACUACAAUGAGAUUGGAUCAUCUCUGCAGAACAAGCAAAGUGUCUGGACCAAGAAAAAAAGCAAAGCAAACAGAAGUGCAUUAGUAGGACGAGCCCCUGAGGACACCAGUUUUCCUCAAGGAAGCAAAAAUGUUUUAGGGGUGUCAGUAGCCAAGCUUCCAAAAGAUGCUCAGGAGGUUCCCAAGCGGAAUUCUCUAGACAAAGCUGAAAAUCCAGGACAGUCUGCAAGCAGUAGCAGUGAAGCACUGGUGGAUGCCUUUGAAAGAAUUUCAGUUGGAGGGGGAGAGUGUGGGGAGAACUCUGAAAAUGGGCAGAGUUUUGACUGCAAAGGACGUGCUUUUCAGAACUUUCCCAACACACCACCCAAAACUCCACAUUACAUGGAAGUGCUGGAACUGAGAGCAAAGCACCCUGUGGCAAAAAGAAGCAAAUUUAAAGCUAAUGUAUUGCUGGCUGAGUCAAGUGGAUCGUCUUGUGGCUCCUCAGAUAUCCCUUCACCUAGAGGUCCCCCCUUUUCCCUUUCUGCAGAGGAAAGACGCCACAGAGAUAAGAAGCAUUUGGAUGACAUCACAGCUGCUCGGUUACCCCCUCUUCAUCACGAGCCUACGCAGCUGCUAUCCCUAAAAGAUUCAAUAGCAAUUCAGAUCCAACAAAAGGAAGCUUAUGAGGAAAUGCUAGCCAAACUUGCAGCCCAGAAGCUUGCAGGCAGACUAGGCCCUCAGAUGGCCUGCUAUGAGCCAGAGGGGGAGGUGCUGGGCAACUACAGAGAAGUGAGGGACGAGGAAUGCUACAGCUCGGCUGAAGACUGAGUCCAAGGCAGAAUCUGCAGUGGAUGCCUGGGCGAAGAAACAGAAGGAUUGCAGUGCUUUUUGCUCUUGUGGACUGCUACACCUUUGCCCAAGGAUGUUAGGAGUGCUCACCUGCGGAAGCCCUGGAUUAACCAGAGUGCUGCAGAGGUUUCCAGAUUCCCUGGUCCCUUUGCUGUUGCUUGCCAAAGAAGUUGGUGCAUUUUGAAAGCUUGUAAGUCAUAGAAGCAGCAGUCCACAGUGGCAUGCCUCAGUUGGGUUUGUGCAGGGGCAGACUGAGUCUGCUGUGCCCCGCAUGUAAAAAGAGGAGGCAGCAGAUGCAAGAGCAGCCAAGUCUUUGCCUUCUAGUCUUUGACUGAUUCCAAACAAAUGUAGGAUUUGUUAACUUGUGUAAAAGAUUACAAUAUUUUCUAUUUAAAAAUACAAGUGUUGUGUUUCUAUAUUUUUCUAUGUGGCAUUAAAAUUCAGGAGCAGCAUG